AUGUACGUUUUCAAAAGAGACGGACACAAGGAGCCUGUCAGAUUUGACAAGAUUACAGCCAGAGUUUCCAGAUUAUGCUACGGGUUGGACCCAAAACACGUCGAUGCUGUCGCCAUUACUCAGCGUGUUAUUAGUGGUGUCUAUCACGGUGUAACUACCGUGGAGCUGGACAACCUUGCUGCUGAGACUGCUGCCUAUAUGACCACUAUUCACCCCGAUUAUGCCAUUUUGGCAGCAAGAAUUGCUGUUUCCAAUUUACACAAACAGACCACUAAGCAAUACUCUCAGGUAACCAAAGAGUUGUAUGAAUACAUCAACCCAAAGAACGGAAAACACUCUCCUCUGGUUUCUGAAGACACUUACAACAUUGUCCAGAAACACGCUGAUGAGCUGAACUCUGCUAUUGUCUACGAUAGAGACUUUCAGUAUAACUACUUUGGAUUCAAGACCUUGGAAAGAUCUUACCUUCUGAGAAUUAAUGGUAAUGUUGCAGAACGUCCUCAACACUUGAUUAUGCGUGUUGCUAUCGGCAUUCAUGGUGAUGACAUUGCAAGAGUUAUUGAAACUUAUAACUUUAUGAGUCAGAAGUAUUUCACUCAUGCCUCUCCUACUCUGUUUAACGCUGGUACCCCUCACCCACAAAUGUCAUCAUGUUUCUUAGUUGCCAUGCGGGAUGACUCAAUUGAAGGCAUUUACGAUACUUUGAAGGAAUGUGCUUUAAUCUCCAAAACUGCUGGUGGAAUUGGUUUGCACAUUCAUAAUAUUCGUGCCACAGGAUCCUACAUUGCUGGUACUAACGGUACUUCGAAUGGUAUUAUUCCAAUGGUGAGGGUCUUCAACAACACUGCUCGUUAUGUUGACCAAGGUGGUAACAAACGUCCUGGUGCAUUUGCUUUGUACUUGGAGCCAUGGCAUGCCGACAUCUUUGCCUUCAUUGAUAUUCGUAAGAACCAUGGUAAAGAGGAGAUCAGAGCUAGAGACUUAUUCCCCGCUUUGUGGAUCCCUGAUCUGUUCAUGAAAAGAGUAGAACAGAAUGGCGAUUGGACCCUGUUCUCUCCAAGUGAAGCUCCUGGCCUUGCCGACGUCUAUGGAGAUGAAUUUGAGGAAUUGUACGAAAGAUACGAAAAGGAAGGUCGUGGAAGACAAACCAUCAAAGCCCAAAAGCUUUGGUACGCCAUCCUUGAGGCACAAACAGAAACUGGUACUCCAUUCAUGCUGUAUAAGGAUGCUUGUAACAAAAAAACUAACCAGAAGAACUUGGGUGUCAUUAAAUCCUCUAACCUUUGCUGUGAAAUUGUUGAAUACUCUUCCCCGGAAGAGACUGCUGUCUGUAACUUGGCUUCUAUUGCUCUUCCAGCCUUUGUUGAAACCGAUGAUACUCACUGCUGGUACAACUUUGAAAAGCUGCAUGAAAUCACCAAAGUGGUUACUCGUAACUUGAACAGAAUUAUCGACAGAAAUUUUUACCCCGUUCCAGAAGCUAGGAGAUCGAAUAUGCGUAAUAGACCUAUAGCUGUGGGUGUUCAAGGUUUAGCUGAUGCUUUUAUGAAGUUGAGAAUUCCUUUUGAUUCUCCAGAAGCCAAACAGCUUAAUAUUCAGAUUUUUGAAACUAUCUACCAUGCAGCUUUGGAAGCCUCCAACGAAUUAGCCGUCGAAGAAGGAGCCUACGAAACCUUCCAAGGUUCUCCAGCAUCUCAGGGCAUUUUGCAAUAUGACUUGUGGGACAAGAAGCCCUCUGAGCUGUGGGAAUGGGAAUCACUCAAAGCCAAGAUUGUUUCCACAGGUUUAAGAAACUCGUUGCUAGUUGCACCUAUGCCCACUGCUUCAACUUCCCAAAUUCUGGGUUACAACGAGUGUUUCGAACCUUACACUUCCAACAUCUACUCACGCCGUGUAUUAGCUGGAGAAUUUCAAAUUGUUAAUCCUUACUUAUUGCGUGAUCUAGUGGAUUUGGGUCUUUGGGACGAUAACAUGAAAAAUCAUAUCAUUUCAGACAACGGCUCUAUUCAAAAUUUGCCCAACAUACCUGAGCAACUUAAAGGCCUUUACAAGACUGUUUGGGAGAUUUCUCAAAAGACUAUUAUUGAUAUGGCUGCCGAUAGAUCAGCCUAUAUCGAUCAAUCUCAGUCGUUGAACAUUCACCUGAUGGCUCCAACUAUGGGUAAAUUGACCAGUAUGCACUUUUAUGGUUGGAAGAAAGGAUUAAAGACUGGUAUGUACUACCUGCGUACUCAAGCUGCCGCUGCUGCCAUUCAGUUUACAGUUGACAAGGUUGCUGUUCUUCAAGCUUCUCUUACCAAAGCCAACUUGGACCAAUUGAACAUGAGAAAGUAUCUUGCCAACCCGGCCACUGACAGAGUUACUGAGACAUCUUUCACUUCUGUUUCUAGUAAAGAAAACACUCCAGAUGUUGCUGCAGCAGACACUCAACCAAGUUCCUUAGAGAACAGCGUUGCCAACCUAAACAUUCAGGAAAAGCCUGAAGAAGUAACAGAAAAGGCGAAUGAAUCACAAGCCGAACCUACUGGAGAGGAUAUUUUUAGUUCCAAAGCUAUCGCUUGCGCUAUAAACAACCCCGAGGCCUGUGAGAUGUGUUCCGGUUAG